AUGGCCUCCGCUCCCGAUUACCUGCGGUUCACCGGACAUAGAUCCUUCGCCCAGCGAUUGAUCAUCUCAACCCUCACUGGCCGGCCUGUGCACAUCUCCAAAAUUCGCAGCUCAUCGCCGACAAAUCCAGGUCUCGCGCCGCAUGAGAUCUCGUUCCUCCGCUUGCUUGAAGCCGUUACCAAUGGCAGCUCCAUGCAGAUUUCGUACACAGGUACGACAGUUACGUACCAUCCUGGCCUGAUAACCGGUACCAUGGCUGGAUUCGGCGCAUCCGACGGCGACGUCAUCGAACAUAGCUUGCCGCCGAACAACACCCGCGGUGUUACUUACUUCCUCCUUCCAAUCUGCCUCCUCGCGCCAUUCUCGAAGGCCCAUGUCAAUAUCCGAUUCACAGGUCCGGGCGUUAUUACUUCGGCGACCGAGACGGGUGACAUUUCCGUCGACUCCUUCCGCACAGCCAUCCUGCCCCUUUUUGGUCUUUUCGGAAUACCACCAGCGCGAAUUGAGCUGAGAGUGCUCUCGCGAUCUUGCCCCGGGAAGGGUGGCAGAGGAGGCGGCGGUGUCGUGGAACUUAGAUUCGCAAGCCAAGUCCGACUUCCGAAAACCCUUCACCUCAACCGAAACCCCGGAAAGAUAAGGAGGAUACGCGGAGUCGCAUACUGCACUGGAGUCUCGGCGUCCAAUAACAGCCGGAUGAUCCAUUCAGCUAGAGAGGUGCUGAACGCGCUGGUUUCGGACAUACACAUUGCGGCGCAAUACGAUACUGCACCGCUGGUCACCGCUGCCGACAAGUCGAAGACACGGACAGGUAUCGGUUUUGGUCUUAGCUUGGUCGCCGAGUCAAGCUCUGUCGGUGUGCUCUACUCUGCCGACGUCGUUGCUCCCCCGGUGGGUGGUGUCGUUCCCGAAGAUAUUGGCAAGAACUGCGCCUACCAGUUGCUGGAGACCAUCGCGCAAGGAGGCUGCGUCACCAAAACAUCUGCCAGCACAGUGUUGACACUGAUGGCAAUGGGAUCCGAAGACGUGGGAAGAUUGAGAAUAGGACGGGAUGUCAUCGGCACAGAAGAAAUGGUAGGGCUUGCGCGGGACCUGCGGACGUUUGGCGCGAGCAGUUGGGGUUUGAGAGAUGUGGAAGACGAUGACUCAGGCGACAUACUUGUUACGGUAAAGGGAAGCGGCGUUGGUAAUGUUGGUCGUAAGAUUGCUUAA